AUGGAUAUAACAUUUAAUAAUAAUAAUCUUGGAAAAUCGACCAUGAUUUUUAAUAAAUCAACCUUUAAAAGAUUUUCGUCACAAUUUUCAUUGUUUUCAUCACCACCACCACAAUCAUCUACAUCUACAUUAAAUAUCAAUAAUAAUAAUAAUAAUAAUAAUAGUAAUAAUAAUUUAUCAACUUCAACAAGUUUUGGAAAUAAUUUAAAUUUAAUUUUAAAUAAUGAUAAUCAUCAUCAAGAUCAAAUCAUAUUGCAAGAGGCUGAAUCUUGUUAUAUUUCAUCAUCCAAUAUUAUUAAUUAUAAUUUACCAACAUUACCAUUGGUAGUACAAAGAAAAGUGAUUGAAUGUUAUUGGAGAGUUUACUGGUUCAAUGAUGAAAUCAAUGUAAAGGAUCGAUCAAAGUUGGCAUUGGUCUCUAGAGAAUGGUUUGAUCAGAGUGCCAAAUUUUUCAACAAUACCAUCAAGAAACCAUUCAAUCCAAUGAAAGAUGAUUUCUACCAAUUUCAAAAACAUCUUCAAAACCCAUACUGUCUCUACAAACAUUUUAGUAGUAUAUUAUUUAGUUCACAAUUCAAUCCAAGUGAAUUCCGUAUCAACUAUUGUCUCUCACAAUUUAAUUUAAUCCUUGAUCAAUUAAUUGAUAAUAUUGAACAAUUUAAAUUAAACUCUAAUAAUGGAAAUAUUGAUUCUCUUUGGGAAAAUCAAAAUCAAAAUAACUCUAAUAAUAAUAAUAAUAAUAAUAAUAAUAUGGAGAUUAAAAUUAGAGCAAGUAGAAAUCCAAUUAUAAAUUUAUUUUAUAAAUUUAAAAAUGCAACUUUAAAGAAUACCAAUUCAGCCUAUAAUAAUAGUUUUCAACAAAUAUAUAGUAUGAUAUUUGAUCGAUUGGAUACGAUUGAUAUCAAGGCACUCAAUAGUUAUUUGUUGCUGCCGCAUGUCCAAAAGUACACCAAUACAUUGUUGGAUCUGACAAGAGAGUGCAAUGAAAAGAUUAUCCGUCUCAAAAACUAUAGUCGUGGUGAGACAUCUCCCAUCAUCUACUACCACAAUGCUUUGUUUCAAGAUGAAAAGAUCUUUGAAACACUCGAGCACCUAGAUGCCACCCAUUUGGUAUCUGUCAGCGCACCACCCUUUGCCUCGUUACCAGACCUUCUUCGUCGAUGCAAGAACCUAUCCUUUUUCGUCAUUCGUCAUGCUAGUAUCAAAACACAAAUCUCGGCCGAGUAUUCUAUGGAAAUUAUCCAAUCUCUACCUCCAUCGGUAGUCAAGAUCCUAUUUGACUUUUCAGCCAAAACAUUCAAGAUUCCAUACCACCUUUUGACUCCUGGUCGGUUCCCUCGUCUCGUCUCGCUAUUUGUCACCAAAGAGGAAAAGACAACCGAUGAAUACUAUCAAUUCCUUGAUACCAAUACCCAUAUAUCUGAUAUUCGUCUAACUUGUUGUAGCAACGACACUACCAAUUCUCUAUUGACCAAAGUAAUGAAAGAAAGAAAGAAUAUUACAAUGUGGUAUGUCUCUUGUCAAAAUCCUUCUUUAUCCAAUUCAACCAUUCCUAGUACAACUCUGACAACUGGCCAAUCGUCGUCUGAAUCCCAACCAAAUGCAUUAUAUCAACCACAUUUAAACCUUCACGUACGCGUUAGAUACCUUCGUAUCGAUUGCUUUUCAUCGAUUCCAUCGAAUCUUUCAAAAUAUGUUUUCCUUCAAAACCUGGAAAUCUACUUUAUGGACGUUAGAAAUGAAUCAUUUCAACAAUUGGCUCAGUUUGUCACAGACAUGCAGACGGUCCAAUGUUACAUUUUUGAAUUCUUUCUAUUAGAGAAUUUAAUUAUAAUCUUCUUGAACACUUUUAUAAAAGUAACAGGUAUCUGCGUACGUAUCGAAGGAUAUGGAGCAGAAAUCAGAAAAGAGCGAUGUUUAUGGAUCGAAUCCGUGAUUUGGCACAUCAAGAAAAGACUCUGCCCAAAUACUGGUUCAAUCUCAAAACCUAAGGAGCUGACAAAUGUAUUCAAUGAAAUUCCUUAUUUUAAUGAUUUAUUAUCAACAGAAAAGAAAAGAAAAGAAAAGAUUCAAUCAUCAUUCAUGAUCAAUAUAGUGAAUCCAAAAGUCAAAUAA